AUGAAAAUACGCAAACGAUCAACAACCACACGAUCGGAUAGUGUCGAAAAUGAUUAUUUGGAUGGCACAGAUCGAGGCGGUGAUAUUUGGAUGGGUAAUGAUCUGAGGAAACGUGAACUCGGUAUUGCUGAACAUCCCUCACUAAUGUUCCCAUUCCUGCCCACAUCAGAAUCACCGAUUUAUCAGAAGGACAUCAAAGGACAUUUCGGUUGUGUCAAUGCGAUUGAGGCGUCAGUCGAUGAGAAUUUUCUCGCAAGUGCAGGCAAUGAUACGUGCUUAUUGGUUCAUGAUAUCAACACACUUGCGAUGUUGCAAAGGUUUAAAGCAGAUGAGGCCAUUUAUAAUGUCGCAACAAAUCCAAUCGACGAUACGGUUAUAAUGUCAGCAUCUGAAGAUGGCAAAGUUCGAUUGUAUGAUUUGAGAGCGGCCGAAGAGACGAUCGCAGUUCGUUGUCAAGGAACAAUGUACUGUGCUCAAUUCAAUCCGAGACAAGCGAAUUUGAUAUCGGUAUGCAACGGUGAUGAUGGCCUCUCGUUGUAUGACUGUCGUAAAAUUGAGAAACCGUGUUUUGUACUGGGUGAGUCGUCGUCAUCGGGUCGUAGUCGACACAUCGUGAUGUAUGGUCAGUGGAGUGACGAUGGCGAGGGUAUUUUUGCUACUAGGAGUCAAUCGUCACCGAUCUAUUAUAAUAUAAACGAUGGCACAAGUGUUGAAUUCAGUGACAGUGGCUAUAUGAAUUCAUGUACGGUCAAAUCGUGUUCGUUUAUCACAAAUGAGUUAAUGAUGACGGGUUCUGAUGAUUGGAACAUUUAUGUGUGGAAAUUACCUCAAGACAGGACUCCUGGUGAAACGCAUUCGAANACGAAAAAAGUUGAUGAAGCAUAUCGAGUGUUGAAGGGACACCGUUCGAUCGUGAAUCAUGCUCGAUAUAGUCCGAGUAAUCGUAUGCUCUUCUCAUCGGGUGUUGAAAAGAUCAUUAAGUUAUGGAGUGGAUUGGAAUUGCAAGGAUAUUAUGCGAAUCCAACGCGACGUUCGAUGUUGUCAAGACCGUUGUUUGGUGAUCCACGAAACGAUGACAGUAUCGAAGAAGAUCUGAAUAUGCUCGCUUUCUUCGAUCUUCUUACAACGAAUGGUGGUGAUGAGGAUAUGGAAGAUUUGGAUGAGAACGGAGACAGCGAUCGAUACGAGGAUAUUUUCGGUGAUUAUCGUGGCGGGGGUGGGGGUGGUGUUACGGAUAACGCUGAUAAUGACGAGGAGGACAACGACGAGGACAAUGAUAAUGAUAGCGAUCGGUUUAUUGCACUUGGAUUCUAUAGAUCACCGUCUAGACGCAGGGGCCGAGCAAUGUAUGUGAUCUCGUCACCAGAAGUUUCUGAUGCGGAAUUACUAUCAGAGCAUGACACCACAAAUGAUAAUGAGGAUGAGGAUGAGGAUGCUGGCUCACCGAGUGAACGAAACGACAGUGGGAGUGAUGAUCAUAACAAUAGUAGUGAAAACAGUAAUAAUAAUGGUGAUAAUAAUAAUAGUAAUAAUAAUAAUAAUAGCAGUUCAAGUAAUCAUAGCCCAGCUGAUACGAAUAAUGUCGAUUUUCAAACCGCCGAUACGUUUCUCAUUCUUGCUGUUCUGUUGUUCACUACCACUUGGAGUGAUACUUGCGGUAUGGUUGAAACGUCCGUAGGUGGAUUCGAAUCGAAUCAAUAA